AUGGAAAACUUCGAAAUAUCGGAUGGGAAGAAUAAGAGGGGCUCCAGGGGGGAAGUGAAGAAUGUGUAUAGGAGUCUGGACAACGAAUUUAACUUUGAGGAGGAGGUGGCCCCGGAGGGGGAGCAGCCAGCUGCGAAUCAGUCAGCCGCUAACCAGCCAGCUGCGAAUCAGCCAGCCGCUAACCAGCCAGCCGCUAACACCACUGCUAACCAAACCUGCAAGGGCGACGCAAACAUACGGACGAUUAAAAUCGACCGGAAGAACCUGAAGAAGUUGUUUAGCAGCCAGUUUUUCACGCAGACGCUGACGGACGACUCAAGCAGCAAUUCGCUGAGCGAGUUAAAAAUGAACAAGCGGUAUGCCAUUGGGGAAUUCCUGAAGGCUCUCUUUGUCUUCAUUUUGUUCUGCACCACUUCCUAUUUUGCCUUUUUUUACAUUUUCAAGAAUUAUUUUGGCAACAGCCACCUGUGCGGCCACCUGGACUUGUUCAACUAUAAGUACGAGAGCCAGGUCCGCUUCCUCCCCAGUGUCAGCGGCGCCAGGCAUUACGUCUUCACGGGGAAAUUCCCCUUCGACGUCUUAACGCACAAGGUGCGGAAGGAGGCCCUGAGGAACAGCAUGAACGAGGAGCUGGAGAGGCACAACCAGGAAAACGCAGGGAAGGACCCCCUCGAGAAAAUAAAGGACCUAGACGACCACCCCAUGCAGAUCCUCUCCUUUGCAAAGCACAACAAUAAGAUGAAGUGCGAGAGGAACAUACUGGACUUGUACCGACCCUUUUACCUCAAGACGACCGACGCGGACAUCCGGCAGAAGGACUUCAUCCUCAGCGAAGUUAACUACUCCUUUGUUACCAACCCGUAUAGCGUCCCCGAGGCCAGGCUCUACGCAGAAGUCGCCUCCUUCAUGAAGAAGAGCGAAGCGAAGAACAAAAUUUGCUACAUGACUUCCUAUUUGAAUUCUUUGGAAGGAGAUAAGCGGGCGGACGCGGUAAGGCAGGAGCCAGACGCGGGGAGGAAAGAGGCAGAUGUGGGGAGGAAAGAAGCCGAUGCGGGGAGGAUCCUCAGCGAGGGAAGCGCCCCUACGCCAAACCCAGAGCAGACGAAGGAGGACACCCCAGCCAGUGAGGUCACCACCAAAGCAUCGGAAAUCAUCUCGGCCGCGUUCAAAGGAGCAAAGAAAUACUUUAAGGGAACCCCCACUGGGGAGGAACAGCCACCGCAGAGGAAGGCCAGCGACUGGGGGGUGGGCGCCUACUUCAGCGGUAUGUUCCAAACACCCAAGAGGAGGAUCGUCUAUCUCUACGAUUAUUACGACAACAACUUCGUGGACCUGCUGGUGGCCAUCCACAACAUGCAGUACGGGAACAGCUUCAGCGACUUGAGGGCCUACUGGGAGGACUUGAAGCGGCGCUUCCGGGUGGUCAGCCCGGAGGAGAUUUACCUCCUCGAGUGGUACUGCCUCGGCGUGAACUACAAUUUAAUUGAAAAUAACAGUCAGUACAAGUUAAACUGCGUUGAUCUUUUAAAGUAG